UAUUAAAAAAUAUCUAUGUGGGUAUUUAUGUAGGAAUGUAUUUUUGAGUGGGACUCCGGAAAUGGUAUCGAUAAUGUGACGUAACCCAAGAGCACGCUUCUGAUUGGUCAGUUGGUCGGGGGGCGAAGAUGGCGGACUCGGAGAUUUGUAUCAGAAGCAGUCGGGAGUUAUGGACCAUCUUGCUGGGAAGAUCCGCUCUCAGGGAACCGACCCAGAUCCAAGCGGAGUUAGAACGAUGUGGUGAGCGCUUGUUGCAGGGCCUGGCGUACUACAAAACAGCCAGCUCUUCAUCAGCAGACAAAUUAAAAGCAGAUAAAGAUGUUCCUCAGUCUCUAAAAGAAUUCGGAGUCCGCAUCAGCAAACUUCUGGGUCUGGAUGAACAGCAAAGUGUACAGAUUCUGCAGUGCUACCUGCAGGAAGACUACAGAGGAACUCGAAACUCACUGAAAAGCGUGAUAGAAGAUGAGAGACAGAGCCAGGCUUUACUGCUCAAGAUAGCAGAUUACUACUAUGAAGAGAGGGUCUGCCUCUUGCGUUGUGUCCUCCUCCUCCUCACCUACUUCCAGGAUGAGCGCCAUCCCUAUAGGGCAGAGUAUGCAACCUGUGUGAACAAGCUGGAGAAAGAUCUCGUGCCAAACUACCUACAGCAGUUUGAAGCUCUUUUCAAUGCCGAAGCGCCAACAUGGGAAACCCAUGGGAACCUGAUGACGGAGAGACAGGUGUCUCGGUGGUUCUCUCAGUGCCUGAGGGAGCAGGCUUUGCUGUUGGAGGUUCUAUUCCUAUACUAUGCCUACUUUGAGAUGCCCCAUAGUGACCUUUUGACCUUUACUCGCCUCUUUAAGGAGCAGGGUUUUGGACAGCGACAAACAAACCGGCAUCUUGUGGACAAGAGCAUGGACACACUAGUGGACCGAAUAGGAUAUUUCAGCUGUCUGAUUCUUGUUGAGGGGAUGGAUAUCGACUUCCUGCAUAAAUGUGCUCUGGAAGACCGAACGGAACAGCACCAACUCUGCAACACACACAUCAACAAGGAGAUGGAUCAGAUGUUGCUGACAUUCGGCGAUAUCUCUCACCACGGCCCGGUUUUGCUGGCCUGGGUCCUCCUACGACACACAUUGCAACCAGUUGAAGCCGGACCGAUCAUCAAACGACUCGGCCACAUCACGUUGCAGCUGGGGGUGUUUCAGUACCUCACGGACAUGUUGCAGGUUCUCGGCAGCACGGGGAAUAACUGCACUGCAAGUACUGCACGCAUGUGCAUCUACGGUCUCCUCUCAUUUGUGGUCACUUCGUUCGAAGAGGAUACACUGGGCAGUCAACAGCACCUGAUUAAUGUUGCCUGUGAGGUUCUCGCGGCCCCGAGUCUAGCCGAGCUCUUCUGGGAGUCUAAACCCAAUGUGGGUUUGGAGAUGAUCUUGGACUCAGCCGUGGGUGUUUUUCCUCAUAAGAUUGGACCAUUACUGCAGAUCCUUACUGCAUUGCUGGCUGAUAAAUCUACUGCUAAGAGGGUGUACAUGUUCCUGGAUAAAAUGUCCUUCUACACUGAGGUGUACAAGCACAAACCCAGCGAUGUGUUGUCCAGAGAGGAUGAGACACUGUGGAGGAGACAGACGCCUAAACUUCUCUAUCCUCUGGGUGCAGGCCAAACCAACUUGAGGAUGCCACAGGGGUGUUAUGGGCAAGUUUCCCCGAGCGAGCAUGGCUACCUGGUGCGCUGGGAUUAUUCUUAUUCUUCAUGGACCCUCUUCACCUGUGAGAUUGAGAUGCUGCUGCAUGUUGUCUCUACUGCUGACGUGUUGGCGCACUGUGAGCGAGUGAAGCCGAUUUUGGACGUGGUGCAUAAGAUCAUUAGCACUGACUGGACCGUGUCUGACUGCUUGCUGCCCCUGACUUCACGCAUCUACAUGCUGCUACAGAGGCUGACGUCUGUAAUAAACCCACCAGUGGACGUAAUCGCUUCCUGUGUCAACUGCCUCAUUGUGCUCGCCGCACGGCAACCUGGGAAGGUUUGGUCCAGUCUGCAGCACACUGGCUUCCUGCCCUUUGCAUCCACCCCUCUAAUAAACAUGGCACAGACCAUCAGUGCUGAAGGCAUGAAGGCAGGUAACUACGGUAACCUGCUGGUGCUGAUCGAGCAGCCGCGAGGAGAGUAUGCAGUAACCAUUGCUUUUUUGAGACUGGCGACCACACUCAUCAAGGGUCAGGUGGGCAGUACUCAGAGCAAAGGGCUCAUUCCUUGCGUGCUUCUGGUCCUGAAGGAGAUGCUGCCUACGUAUCACAAGUGGCGCUAUAACACACAUGGUGUCCGGGAGAAGAUUGGUUGUUUGAUUCUGGAGUUGGUCCAUGCAAUCCUUAAUCUAAGUCCUGAUGGGGAGUCACAGGGCAGUGCUCCCAGCCUGCAGUCUCUGUGCAUCUACAGUCUGGCGAACACUGAAGCAGGCCAGGCCGUGGUGAACAUCAUGGGUGUUGGAGUGGACACUAUAAACACAGUGCUAGCAGCUCAGCCCAACAGCAGUGGGAGUUGUGAAGGUCCUGGUCAGGUGUUGAUUCAGACAGUGAAGUUGGCUUUCUCUGUCACCAACAAUGUCAUCCGUCUCAAACCACCUUCAGAUACCAUUUCUCCUUUGGAACAGGCACUCACACAGCAUAGUGGCCACGGCAACAACCUAAUCGCAGUUUUGGCCAAGUACAUUUACCACAAACACGAUCCUGCUCUCCCGAGACUAGCUGUGCAGCUUCUAAAGAGACUUGCCUCGGUGGCACCCAUGUCAGUGUAUGCUUGUCUAGGCAGUGAUGCAGCAGCCAUCAGGGACGCAUUCCUUCGCCACAUGCAGAGCAAAACGGUGGACUUGCGUGUCAAAGUCACCAUCUUGGAGUUUCUCACUGUUGCCGUGGAGACCCAGCCAGGUCUUAUUGAACUCUUCCUCAAUCUAGAAGCCAAAGAGGGCAGCGAAGGGACAAAGGAGUUCUCUCUGGGUGAAUGGAGCUGUCUGUCUGUGGUUCUGGAGCUGCUGGACACAGAUGUGCAGAGCCAGGCGUGGUGUCCUCCGCUGCUGCAGCGAGCGGCGCUCGCCUUCCUACAUGCUCUGUGGCAGGACCGCAGAGAGAGUGCGCUGUCUGUACUACGCAGCAGGAAAAAAUUCUGGGACAAUCUGACGGCACCACUUUUUGGGACCCUUCUUCCACCGUCAGAGACCACAGAGCCAUGUGUUUUGGAGUCUUGUGCCUUUGUAAUGAAGAUCAUAGGCCUGGAGAUCUACUAUGUUGCCAGCGGUCAACUGGAGGACUCCUUGAAAGAAUCCCUGCAGCGCCUCAGCUCCCAGCGCCGCUAUGAAUUUUGGUCCCAGUAUGUCAAGGAGCUGGUGUGUGUGGCCUGUGAGGAUGAGGAAGGAGGAGUGAGGUCAUUACCUGAGACUCAGAUGCUCAUCUCAGCAUGGAGGACCCUACUCAUUCUCUCCACUAGUCAAUGUGAUGUGAUGCACCUUAAGGAAGACUCUGUUAGGCUGAAGCUUUUCACAGAUGUCCUGGAAGGGACCAAAGCAACAUUGCUGAUGCCCCAGUCUGUAGCAUGUCUGCGUUUGGGCUCCAUGAUGGCCACCUUGCUGCUCAUCAUUCUAAAACAAUGGAAAAGUGUGUUGGUAUCAGCGCCGGCUCUCCUCCCUCCUCUCUCUUUAAUGUUAGAGAGUGUACUUCAGGCUGACCAGCAGAUGAUGGAGAGAACCAAAGCCAAGCUCUUCUCAGCUCUCAUAUUAGCUUUGCACAUUCAGGGCCUUAAUGGUGGCGAGAUUACCCAGCUGCCUCAGCUGUUGCUGUGCGUAUGUGAGACUGUCCAGGACGAGGCGAUGGCUUUGAUCGACAGCACACGCCACAUGAUCCAAAAAGGUGACCCACAGGAGGACAGCAUGGAGACAGAUGCACCACGCAGUGUCCAGAAAGACCAGCGAGACUCUGUGUGUGUGUUAGCGCUGCACCUGUCUAAAGAGUUGUGUAGGGCAGAUGAGGAUGGCGAGCAGUGGCUGCAGGUGAUGAGGAAGCUGCCCGUCCUGCCCUCAGUUCUCAGUGCCCUUGAGCUUAGCCUGCGCUCUAAGCACAACCUCUUCUUCACCGAGGCAGCGCUCCACUUGCUGCUUACACUAGCCAGAACUUCACAGGGGGCAGCAGCAGUAGCAGGUGCCGGUGUGAUCCAAAGCAUCUGUCUCCCUCUUCUCAAUGUGUACGAAGGCCCAGCGAAUGGAGCCACACAGGCAUUCUCUCGUAAACCCGUAGACGCCCCCUCCUGGCCUGGUGUGUAUCGGCUCUGUCUUUCUUUGAUGGAGAGUCUGCUCAAGACGCUGCGCUACAACUUCAUCAACGAGGCACUCGACUUUGUUGGAGUUCACCAAGAGCGCAUCCUCCAGUGUCUUAGUGCAGUGCGUACAGUACAGUCUCUAGCAUGUUUGGACGAAGCUGAUCACACAGUGGGUUUCCUGCUGCAGCUGUCCAGCUUCUGUAAAGAGUGGCACUUUCACCUGCCACAACUGCUCAGAGAUGUGCAGGUGAAUCUCUGUUACUUGUGUCAGACAUGUACAUAUCUUUUACACAGCAAGAAAAUGUUACACCACUACCUCCAGGCAAAAAAUGGUGAGGCUUUACCGCAGAGGCCCCGCCCACAGCAAGCGCUCCAGCCCCUCUCUAAAGAGCAACCACCGGUCGGUGAGCGAGAGGAGGUGGAGCCUAAAGCUUUGCAGGCGGUGCAGUGCAGCCUUCUAAAGAUUCUCAGCAAAACUCUGGCGACGUUACAGCACUUUACACCAGACUGCUGCCAAAUCCUGUUAGACCAGUCUAUGGACCUCGCGGAGUACAGGACUUUGUUCGUCCUCAGUUUUACAACGCCAGCGUUCGAUUCCGAUGUCGCGCCGUCGUUUGGGACUCUGUUGGCCACCAUCAAUGUGGCUCUGAGUAUGCUGGGCGAGAUAGAGAAAAAGAAAGAGCCGGUGGUGUCAUCUGAGGAAACUCAAGCAAUGAAGUCCUUGCUGAUGUUUUCGAUGGAGAACUGUUUCUACGUGUUGAUCUCGCAGGCCAUGCGAUGUUUAAAAGAUCCGACUGUUUUGCCCCGGGACAAGCAGAGAGUAAAACAGGAGCUCAGCUCUGAACUGAGCACAUUGCUGUCGACGCUGUAUAGGUUUUUCCGCCGAGGAUCACCUUCGUCCCCCGCCAGCGGACUUCUGCCCUCCCCUCAGACCAAACCCACCACUCCUGGGUCAAAGGUCACGCAAGAGGGCCAAGAUCCAUUCACACUGCUCGUCCAGGCUUUUGCACGUCAAGUCCAGAGCUAGACACACACAUGCUGAGUUCUGAGUUACAUCUGAAUUGUAGACUCUUUCCAUCAAUCUCAACAAAGCGCCAUUUUUAUUGGCUCACUGUGACAUUACUCACUCAGUUCUUCCUUUUUUUUUUUUUUGUCUUGUCGUGCCAAAGCGUAGCUGUAUCUUUUUCGGAACCACAUCAAUUAGAUAGCGGGUACAUUUGUACCGAUUAAAGUCGCAUGUGUAAAGCUUUGGGUGAAUUAUUUAAGGUGCUCCAGACGGUUUUGUAAUUGAAACAAUUAACAUGACAUUCAGAGGCUUUGUUUUUAUGGGCUAGUUUCAGAUGACUAAGCUGAUUCAAUUCAACAAAUUAUAAUGCCUAGCACUUUAAUUUGUUAAAUGUGUAUGGGGUCCAGUGUUCUAACCAUUUGAAAUGUGUGUGAAUUCAAAUUGCUGACAUCAAGUCAAGGACAAUUCUUUCAGAAAUGCUGUGUUUAGUAAUAAAUCAAUGCUAAUGGGGACCAUUUAACUAACGUGUGUAUUAUUGAAGGCAAGUCACAUUAUGCCUAUUGAUUUAUUAUUUGUAAUACGCCCAGUGUUCCGAGAUCGGAUCAGUCACCUCUCUGACCACGAUAAAGCCGUUACUGUAGAUUGACAUUGAAUAUUAGCAUUUUCGACAGACAUCGUUUUUUUUGUUAGUAAUAUUACACUUAUCUAGGAACCGUAUUAUAUGUAUCUUAUUGUUUUAUGGCUGGUAUAUUUAACUAUAAUAAGUUCUUCAGAUCUGUUCAAAUAUACCUGUGUACAUGAUUCUUUAUGCCUUUUCUACGUCUCACCGGUGUUGUCAUUCAGAUCUGAACAAAAAAUGCAUUUUUGUGUCUGUUUAUACAAUAAUAAAGAAUUUAUAGGA